GUACAACUGAGGCAAAGCGUAAUGAAAACCUGUUCAGAAAAUGUGAGGACCUUAAAAUUUAAAGAGAUCAACUUUGAUGUGGAUGGUUGUCAUGUCCCAACCCCACAAAUAGAGAUACUCCACUGUCACCUCAAUACGAACAAUUUAAAGGCACAUUGGGAACAAAGAUGCAAUUGCUUUCUCUGUUACAAGGGAUUAGCUAGGCAUUUCGCUCAUUAAUAUUCAUGGCUUGAAGAAUGGUUUUGCAGAGCAAGGCAGAGGAUGAUGGUGACGAGGCAGAUGAAGAUGGGCUCUCCCGUUACUCUUCUGUAUUGAGUGCCAUUCAAGUUUGACAAUGGCGGGGUGUGUCUAAUCAAUGGCGUUGCAGAGAAUUAGGUGACCAACUCACAACUACAACACCAGCAAUUUACAGGGUCUGUAUUUGUGCAGGAGGAUGAUGAUAAGGCGGUGAAUAUUUUUGGCAUUGUGGAUGAGAAUUCUAUUGAAAUGGGUGUUCAUCAUGCCAAAUUGGCAGCAUGUCUGAUGACAUUAGUGUUUUCUUGUACUUGGGUUUGUCGAGGAGAGGUACUUGAUACUAUGGAUGAAGAAUAUAUUGUUCAUGAUUAUGUGGAGACUGGGAUCCAGGGGGUCUCAGGAGAAGAUGAUAAUUCAAAUCAGCUUAAGUGGCCUUUGGAUAGAAUCAGAACUCUGCUGGGACUGCAGGCAAGCCUGAAAGCAGUUGCAGAUGCCCCUUCCCCAAAUGCAGAGCCCCCCUCAUAUGAUAAUAGCGGCGGCAACAACAACAAUGAUAAUAAUAGUAUACCUUUCUUGCCUCUGGGGCCAUCCUUGACAACUCCCACACCUCCUGAUCAUGAGUUCUCUUCCCCUGCAUUCAAUUUCAAUGCACCUUAUCCAGUGUACAAGAAGAGAAGUGGCAAUGGGAAAGUAAUUGCUGUUUCAGUUGUAGUUACUGCUGCAGUAACUCUUGUUGCAGCUGGAUUGCUUUUCUACUACAUGCAAUGGAGAUUUGUUGGAAAUGGGCGUGCAAUAGAAGAGCAGCCUAGAUCAGAGAGAGGGCUUUUGAAUUCAAGUGUUAGUGAAGGGUCUGAUUUCUUCAAGGGGCUCAAUGCUUCAGAAUUGGGCACGCUCCAUGAGGGAUCAGACUUGGCUUAUUCCUUUAACCGGGAUAAAUUUGAGAGAGUGACCUUUCCAACAUAUCUGGAACAUAAUGAUACUAUAGGGAGUCCUGAGGUUCAGGCUAUGCGCUUAACCAAAAAGCCAACUCGCUUUCCUUCGUUGGAAUGUCUAUCUGAUGACGAUUCCUAUCAUUCAACUUGUGAGACACCUUCUACAGAUUCAAAAAGACCUUCUGAAUCUCGGCUACCAGCUUGGGACCUACCAUCUUCACAUUCUUCCCCUUGUCCGUCAUCUUCAUCAUCAUCACCGCCCCCUUCCUCUCCUGUUAAAUCCACUCCCUCCCAACUCGCUGCAGGCAGCUUCUUCCCUCCAACCAAACAGGAUCCACCAAAACCACCUCCUACACCCAUUCCAUUUAGGCCUUUACCUCCUCCACAAGCAGUGUCUGUUAGAUCUCCUCCUGUUCAGUUUCAGAGCACUACAGGCUUACCUAAUUCAAAAGAAGCAAAGAAACCUUCUAUACUUGCAAGAGACUCACAGUCAUCUAUUCCUCCUUUGCCACCCCAUCCCCCACCAUUAUUCUCAAGGACAGGUCAAAAUUCAAACCAAUCAGGCACACAGAAAGGCGUGCAACUAUUCAAUGCCAAUGGGAGAAAUGAGAAUCAGACUCCUCUUCCCAAGUUGAAGCCCCUGUACUGGGAUAAGGUCCGUGCUCCUCCCGAUCGCACAAUGGUGUGGAACAGGCUGAGAUCGGGUUCCUUUGAGUUGGAUGAAGAAAUGAUUGAGUCUUUAUUUGGUUGCAAUACCACAAAUACCACAAAUACGGUGAAAAAUGAAGCAACCAAGUCCUCAGUUGUUCAUCCACCUGCAAAGGAUCAGCCCAUUCUUGAUCCUAAGAAAUCACAGAACGUCGCUAUACUUUUAAGGGCUUUGAAUGUUACUAGAGAGGAAGUCUGUGAUGCGCUACUGCAAGGCAAAGGCCUAAGCACAGAGCUUUUGGAGACGCUGGUAAAGAUGGUACCAACUAGAGAAGAAGAAGCAAGACUAAAGGAGUAUAAUGGUGAUAUUUCCAAACUAGGUCCUGGAGAACGGUUCAUCAAAGCAUUGCUAGAUAUUCCUUAUGCAUUCCAAAGGGUUGAUGCAAUGCUGUACAGGGCCAAUUUUGAAGAGGAAGUAGUGUGCAUUCAAAAUUCGCUGGAGACAUUAGAGUUGGCAUGCAAAGAACUAAGAUGCAGUCGUCUGUUUCUCAAGCUUCUGGAAGCUGUCUUAAAGACAGGUAAUCGCAUGAAUGUUGGUACCUUCCGCGGUGAAGCUCAAGCUUUUAAGCUUGAUGCGCUACUCAAAUUGGUAGAUAUUAAAGGGAUUGAUGGAAAGACAACAUUACUUCAUUUUGUUGUUCUGGAGAUCAUCAGGGCAGAAGGCAUGCAAUCGGCAGAGAGAUCUAAUGGCCCAAAUGGUAGAGCCUGUACUUCAAGCAGUGACACUAAGACUCUUGAGGAUAAAGAACAAGAUUACAGAAAGCUCGGGUUGCAACUCAUUUCAGGGUUGAGUAACGAAUUACACAAUGUAAAAAAGGCUGCAGGAAUUGAUUCACAAGCUUUGAUAAGUUCUCUGUCAAAUCUUUCUGAGGGGUUCGUUAAAAUAUGCCAGAUUCGGGAAUCAGAGUUGCAAGGAUUGAGAAUAAGUACAGAAACAAAUCAGAAUAUCACACAUGGAAAGUUUCAUCAGUCCAUGGCAUGCUUUCUCCAGCAGGCAGAGGACAAGAUUGGUCAGUUACAGAAAGAAGAAGAGAGAGUUUUUUCACUUGUAAAGGACAUCACAGAGUACUUUCAUGGGGAUUGUGAGAAGGAAGAACUGCACCCAAUUCGCAUUUUUGUAAUUGUCAGGGACUUUUUAGCCAUUCUAGACAACGUAUGUAAAGAAGUGAGCAGAAUGAAGCAGAAUUUUCAAACUUCUGCACAGAAAGGAUCCUCCAUGAUUUCCACACACAAGUCCUCUCAUUCUCUUUUCCCCACAACGUUGAAUAAAAAGCCUGAUGGUUCUGGCAAUGAAAGUGUUUCUCCAUGACAUACAUUCAGUGGUCUCAUUACCUGGUUGGUUCAAGUAGAUAGAAAUUUAUUUGUUAUAUUAUCCCUCAUUUACAUGGGGAAUUAUACUCCAGAUCCAAGAGAUGGAUUUUGCUAAUUCUAAAAGGUCUCUAUGAUGUUAAGGACCAAUAAACCUUGACAGGUGCUUUAGGUUGUAUUUUUAAGGGAAGAUCUAACACAGCUUGCACAACACUUUUAUAUAUCUUACGCAUAUUAGUGCAUGCAGAAUAUUUUCUAAUUGUCCACUUCUCCAGUUGUAUUUACAGAGUGAAAGCUUGAUUGGGUUCUUCUCUUAUUCUCGUUUGGAACUUACAAUCUCCUCCUAAGUAGAUUGGAAUUUUUUCAUCGGAUUGUACAAAGCAAGGUGUUCAAAGAAAUGAAGAAUCAAAGCAUGUAAAAAUCAAGAGGUUUACAGAAACGAGGAAUCAAAGUAUGCAAAAAUGGUUAUAAAGAAGGGAGCUGCUGAAUCUCUUUUUGCAAUUGAAAUAAGAUUUAUUCAGAACCAUCUUCAUCCUCUGAAAUACAUGCUUAGGGGAAGAGCAUAGCUAACUUCUCGCAUCUUAAAGUUCUUUAAUGAUACAUCAUAUUUCAACAA